AUGCAACAGGACGGCCAUUGCGUGUUUAUACUGGUCUACGUGGACGACGUCUUGGUGACUGGAAGCUCGCUCGAGCUGAUUGCACAAACCAAGAACGACCUGAAGACGCGGUUCGAAAUGACGGACAGCGGCAAGUGUGCGUUUGUUCUUGGGAUCGAGCUUUUGGACGGUGAAGAUGGCAGUGUGACACUAUGUCAGCGUCGGUAUGUCGAUGAUAUCCUCAAGCGCUUUGGCAUGGAUGAUUGCAAGGCAGUCGCAAGUCCAGUCGACAUGAGCUCUCGACUUGUUUCAAGUGAUGCAACUACCAAGGUCGAUGCUCCUUUUCGCGAAGCUGUUGGUGCGUUGAUGCACCUGACCACUGCAACGCGUCCGGACAUUGCGUUUGCUGUGGGCUAUGUGUCGCGGUUCAUGGAAAAUCCCCAAGAAGAACACUGGGUUGCAGUUAAGCGUAUCUUUCGCUACCUACAAGGCACCAAGACGCAUGGAAUUUGCUACAAGCCAAGUGCAAGGAUCGACUUCCGUGGAUAUUCGGAUGCGGAUUGGGCUGGUGAUCUUACCGACCGCAAGUCAACAUCGGGGUACACGUUCAUGCUACUCGGUGCGCCAGUCAGUUGGGGCAGCAAGAAGCAGCCAAGUGUUUCGUUGUCCACGAGUGAAGCCGAAUACAUCGCACUCAGCUUGGCGAUUCAAGAGGGCAAGUGGAUUCAUCGUCUGCUUUGUGAGAUCGUGAUGGCUGCUGUUGACGGUCAUCGGUUUUCUACCAGUAUUGGUAACCGUGACCGAUCCAAUCCGAACCGCCUGUUCAGCUUAGUAUUUACGACGUAG